CGUUUCUGUCAGUCGCGCAGCAGUGUCUGGCGGAGCUGCUUGGAAAGCGGUGCUGAGUUCCUUGGACUUCGUUGCCGGGAUUUAAUCAAGUUUGGGGGGUCUUCACCGCAGCCUUCGCCAUGUCGGUCCCAAGCGCACUCAUGAAGCAGCCGCCCAUUCAGUCUACGGCUGGGGCCGUCCCAGUUCGCAAUGAGAAAGGUGAGAUUUCAAUGGAAAAAGUAAAGGUAAAACGUUAUGUGUCUGGAAAGAGACCAGAUUAUGCGCCUAUGGAGUCCUCAGAUGAAGAGGAUGAAGAAUUUCAGUUCAUUAAGAAAGCUAAGGAACAAGAAGCAGAACCUGAGGAGCAGGAAGAAGAUUCAUCCAGUGACCCCCGACUUCGGCGUUUACAGAACCGCAUUAGUGAAGAUGUGGAAGAGAGAUUGGCUCGACACCGGAAAAUAGUGGAACCUGAAGUGGUGGGAGAAAGCGACUCGGAAGUAGAAGGAGACGCUUGGCGCGUGGAACGGGAAGACAGCAGUGAGGAAGAGGAGGAAGAAAUUGAUGAUGAGGAAAUAGAGCGGCGCCGUGGCAUGAUGCGUCAGCGAGCACAGGAGAGGAAAAAUGAAGAGCUGGAAGUCAUGGAAGUGGAAGAUGAAGGACGCUCUGGGGAGGAGUCCGAGUCAGAGUCUGAGUAUGAGGAGUACACAGACAGUGAAGAUGAGAUGGAGCCUCGACUUAAGCCUGUCUUCAUUCGAAAGAAGGACCGGGUGACAGUUCAGGAGCGAGAAGCUGAGGCACUGAAGCAGAAGGAGCUGGAGCAGGAAGCAAAGCGCAUGGCUGAGGAGCGGCGCAAGUACACGCUGAAGAUUGUAGAAGAAGAGACCAAGAAGGAGCUGGAGGAGAACAAGCGGUCUCUCGCCGCACUGGACGCACUCAAUACUGAUGAUGAAAAUGAUGAGGAGGAGUACGAGGCAUGGAAAGUCCGCGAGCUCAAAAGGAUCAAGAGGGACAGGGAAGACCGAGAAGCGCUUGAAAAGGAGAAAGCAGAAAUUGAACGCAUGCGAAACCUGACCGAGGAAGAAAGGCGGGCUGAACUUCGGGCAAAUGGCAAAGUCAUUACCAACAAAGCUGUUAAGGGCAAAUACAAGUUUUUACAAAAGUAUUAUCACCGGGGUGCCUUCUUCAUGGAUGAGGAUGAAGAGGUCUACAAGAGAGACUUUAGCGCACCUACUCUUGAGGACCACUUCAACAAAACCAUUCUUCCAAAAGUCAUGCAGGUCAAGAAUUUUGGACGGUCUGGUCGUACCAAGUACACCCACCUUGUGGAUCAAGAUACCACUUCCUUUGACUCUGCAUGGGGCCAAGAGAGUGCCCAGAACACAAAAUUCUUUAAACAAAAGGCAGCUGGGGUACGUGAUGUAUUUGAGCGACCAUCUGCUAAGAAGAGGAAAACCACCUAGGCUUCAACUGCUUAUUCCAACUGGGGGACACAAGGGGAGCUGGUCCUCAAUUUUCAUUAACCAUCAUUUACAUAGUUCUUGUACAGAGCCUUCUGGACUUACUGCCAUAACUUGUAUUUGAAGGUGCUUUGUAAGAGGUUUGGACUCAAUGCUGAGAAACCCACAGAAAAGCACUAACCAGGUAGAUUAGAGGUUUCCCACUUAAAACUAUUUCUGAGAAAUCUUAGGUUUCUCUACCAUGGCUUCCCAUAUUGACUUGGGACUGUUCUGAGCUUAUUUUUCCAGCACCUUACCCUGGAUCAGAUAUAUGGGCAUGUGAGUGGAUGGUGCAUUACUUCUUCCUUAGGGUUAGAAGUAGGAUAUCAGGAAAUCUAAGAGCAAUCUAACCUGUUUUUUGCAUUUGGGGUGUUGAAUCUACUUUUCUAAGUAAACAUACUUUUUGA